AUGACGUCGGCCGAGUCUGACUUUCAGCGGAGGGCCUCGACUCUCAGCCGGAAUCGGCCCAGAUCCACUCUUCCCAGUCCCAGCACCAAAACCAGAGGAGAGAGGGAAGAAACGGUGUCCCCAGCGACGGUGAGCUCCCUAGCAAAAGUGCGCCCCGGCAACGGUGAGCCCUCCAGCAACGGUGACCAGCCCAGCGACUGUGACCCCAGUAGCGGUGACCCCAACAAUGGUGACCACAGCGGCGAUGAUCCCAGCAGCGGUGACCAGCCCAACAAUGGUGACCCCAGUGGCGGUGUCCACAGAGACGGUGACCCCAGCAACGGUGUCCUCAGCAACGGUGUCCCCAACAGCGAUGACCCCAGUGGCAGUGACCCUAGUGGCAGUGACCCUAGUGGCAGUGACCCUAGCGGCGGUGAGCCCAGCAGCGUGGGUCUCGAUACAGGGCAAGGCCACCACCCUGCUGCCUGCUCCAAGGUCCUCACCCUCAACACCGGGCAGAACCACCACCCCGCUGCCAGUGCCAAGGGCCUCACCCUCAACACCGGUCAGAGCCGCCACUCCUCUUCUGGUACCUGUGCUUCAGCCAGCCCAAGGUGA